AUGUUCGAGUCGGAUGGUUCAGAAAGCAACGAUGCUGUGGCUGCGAUGCCAUCAACAUCUGAAUCAGCAACAAAACAAGAUCAACAACAAAGAUUAUUUCAUGAUAAUGCAAUCGGAUGGGAAGAAGAACCGAUUGUUCCUUGCGCGUUCGUCUCCUAUCUCUUUUAUGUCGAAUAG